CAUUAAUUGUCAUUAAAGUAAGAAAGUUUUAAAAUUUUUGACAAUUCUUAAUUUCAAAAUAUAUCAAAAUACAGUUUUUGCAUGGAUUUAAGGGAUUCAAGAAACAAACGUUCAAAUUACGUUAUAUGUGGCUCUGCCUUGAUUUUAGCGGUUCUUGGCCUUGUCAUGUUUUCCGUCGGCUUAAACUGGCUGAUCAGCAUUGCAAAUUGUGGAAUAUUAGCCGAAUCAAUAACCAAAAACGCUUCAUUGACUCUAGUUACAGGCGCAAUUAUAAUUGUUAGUUCUUAUGCAGGCUGGACUGCGAUUAAACGAAAAAACCUAGCCCUAUUGAUACUAUAUGGAGCUGUACUAAUGUCACUCACAGUUUUGGAACUAAGCAUUGCAAUUUACGAUUUUCUAGACACGAGCAAACUCGGUGAACAAGUACCGAAAUUUGCGACCAAAAUUGAUGAAACCAUCCAUCUGGCGUUCAACAAGAACGACUCUGAUGCGACAAACUGCUUAAAUAAUUUACAAAGCAAAGUAAGAUGUUGCGGAGCUCACGGACCUAGCGAUUAUGCCCUUCAUAAAAUAGCAAAAAUUCCAGAAAGCUGUUACGACAAAAAUUCAAAACCGUACAUGAAAGGCUGUGCCACAGAGCUCGCUCAUUUGCUCAGAUAUGACUUGAAGUGUUCGGCCAGUUUUGGCGUCAUUGCUGCUAUUUUCGGGGGAGUUGGGACAGUUUUCGUAUUUCUGGUGUCUAGGAGAAAAUUGCAAGAACUCCAAGUGAGGGUCUUUGACGAAUAAUUUGUUUAUUUAUUAUAAUUUAUUUUAAAACUGAUUAAAGUGUAAUAAUUUUAUUUAAUCUUUCUUCACUAUCUCUACUAUCGUAUCAGUUAUCAAAACGCUACCUGUUCUUAUCAAUAGAAACGUCCAUUGUAACAUAGCGUCGAUCAAAGCCGCCAAAAUGAGUUGCAUUACUCAAUUUGCCAAAUAUGUGAUAUUCUUCUUCAAUCUUAUCAUUUCGAGUUGUGCCCUAAUUUUAGUGAUUUUUGGAAUCAUUUAUUUUUUUAAAGAAACGGCAGGUGUUAAUAUUUUUGAAGAAAUCUAUUCACUUGGGAUCAUCUCAAUAUGUAUGGGUGGGCUUCUCAUUUUUGUCGCAGGUUUUGGGUGCUGUGGGGCCCUUCACAAGAACACUUGUCUCCUAACUACUUAUGGAUUCAUUUUGAUAAUCCUCUUCAUAGUGCAAUGUAUUUUUGGAAUAUACGUUGCCUUGAAAAUCAGUGACGAACAGGAAUUUAAAAGUAAAGUUAAAAGCACAAUUGAGGAGUUGUUCGCCAAUGAUACAAAAUCUUUCAACGAUCUUCAGAAAAAAUUUGAGUGUUGUGGAGUCAACAGUUUCAUAGAUUACAACACAACAGUAGGUCCUUUUCCAAAAAGUUGCUGUGAAAAGGAGAAAUAUCCUUGUUUUUAUCCUUUUGAAACCGGUUGUGUGCAAGCUUACACCGACACUGUGCUGCAGUAUAUUCAAAUCAUUGGAUACGCUGCGAUUGCUUUCGGAGUUGCAGAGCUUCUAGGAGCGACCUUCUCCUUCGUGCUCCGGCACGUCCACAUACGAAACAAAGUGAAAUUCUUGGGACGCCCUGUAGAAGAAACUUCGAUUUAAAAUUAAGUCUUGGAUUACAAGAUCCUUUAGCCUGAAUCUUACCUACGGAAAACUAAGUACUAGGAGGCGAAUAACUCGCCCACAACUAGUUUGGCGGAGUAAAAAUCAGAGCACUAAAAAUGAGCCUCCCGGUGACAAAUUGUUUUAAACUCGGUUUUAAAUUAAUUUAAAUUCAUUUGGUUCUCUAAUUGCUAGAAAAAAAGGCAGGAAAGUUAAGCAUCAAAUUUUCAAUAAGUUGGAAAAACUGACGACCGACAUUUUCACGAUACAGAUGAGAAAAACACUGAAAAUUAAAAUUUGCGCUCCGUUCCGUACUUUUCAAGACGCUGCAAAUACGGUUAAAGCUACAAGAAAAAUGUUAGGAAGAAAUGUCUAUAGAAUUAAAUUUCUUUUAAAAAUGUCUUCAAGACCACGUUUCUACUGUCAAUGGUUUAGGCCCUAAAGACGUUGAAAAACGCUGAGGCUACGGAUUCAUUACAUUUUACCGGUGAUCACUUAGCGGAAAGAUAAUUUAUACCUAAACUGUAUAAAAUAGAAAUAUGGUGUAGCGGACUUUUUUUAUAGAAAAUUUAAUUCUCUACAACUUUGUUCUUUCCACUUUUUUUGUAUAUUUAACCGUAUUCCCAGCGUUUUGAUAAAUAUGUGACGGUGCGCAAAAAAUUAUAGCUUAGAAUUAUAAAUUGGCGUUCCACCUUAUAUUUUUGCGAACGCUGCGAGUACGAUUGAAGAUACAAAAAAAGUGUAAGGAACAAAGUUGUAGAGAAUUAAAUUUUCUACAAAAAAGUCUGCGACACCAUAUUUCUAUCUUUAACGAUUUAGGUAUAAAUUAACUUUCCAAUACUUGACCAACCACAAAAUGAAGCAAAUCCAUCGCUUGAGCGUCUUUGAAUGACUCUGGAGCCUAAAUGGUUGAAGACAAGGAAUAAGGUCUUCUGGACUUCUUAGUACAACUUUCUUCGUACCAUUUUUUAUGCAUCUGUAACCGCGUUCGCAACAUUUUGAAAAAUAUGGCUCAGAGUACAAAUUAGUAAAAAUUGCAAGUUGCAGUUAUAGUAACGAUUUGCAGAUGAGUUUCGUGAAUGACUCCCUUACUAUUUAGUAUGUUUUUUUUUGUUUGCCAUGUGUUAACCGCUAUACAAAUACAACCAUUUUUUUAAUCAUUGCUCUAAAAACGGUAAUGGAACAACUACGCUGUCUGGCGGAUCUAUCAAGGACGGGAACGUAUUAUUUGUAUGUACAAUGUUUCAUGUCCUAACCUUUAGAUAUCUGUAGUUUAACGUUCAAAGACGCUCAAAAGUGAUUUAAAGCAAUUUAAACCUAAACGGUUGAAGAUAUGAUAUUUUAUUGUAAUAUUUUUAUCUCCAACUACUGCGAAUUAAAUGCUCCAUCUGUUUGUAGUUUUAGGUUUGUCUUGUGCAAAUUGUUAUUUAAAUAGAGUCAUUUUUUAGUUCAUUAUUAGGCAUUACUUUGUCGGGUGCUAUCUGGUGACUAUAAUGGAACCUACGAGAAUGUGAACAUUUUAUUAAGUCGUGUCGAAUCCUAGUAUUUAGAUAUCCGUAAUCUUACCAAAAAGAAUAAAGACUGUUUUUAAAACAUGUAGAUAAGAAUUAUUUAUAAUAAAGUUUAGUUUGAGAUAAUUUUUAUUUUUCUUUGACAUGUUUUGUCAAAAUGACACCUAAUUAGUCUAAAAACAGUUUUCCACAUGAAUUCCAUCAUCGAAGCUAUAACCACCGUCCUUUACGCUUGUAAUUGUCUUCUAGGGGUUUGCGGACUGACUUUACUAAUAUUUGGAAUUGUUCUUCUCUUGAAGGAAUCAAGAUACGUUAACAUAUUUGAUAGUAUAUUCUUAUCAGUAGGAAGUUGGUCGCUUUGUAUCGGAUUCCUUCUAUUGGUAGUUGUGGCUUUUGGAAUAAAUGCAUUGAUUAAGAAAAAAACGUGUUGCCUAUUUCGGUAUGCCAUGUUGUUAAUAGUGGUAUUUCUUUCCCAAAUAUCUUUGGGCCUUUUCGCCGCCGUUACCCUCCAUCCUGCAAACAAUUUCACCCAAAGAGUGCAACAACGAUUCGAAGUUCCCUUCAAGCGAAACAAUUCCGAAUUUAGGACAAUUCUAAACAAAGUUGAACGCAACUUCAAAUGCUGCGGCAUUAAAGGAUCCACCGACUACAACACAACAGUCCCGAAAACUUGUUGUGAAAACAACUGCAAAAGAUACCACGAAAGCGGCUGUGUCGUAACAUACGCCAAAGACAUUGAAAAACACAUCAAGGAAAUCGCCUACAUUUCGCUCGUUUUCUCUCUACCUCACAUUGGUGCCUCAUGUUUGUCCCUAAUCUUGCGAAAAAGUUACAUUCGGUGUUUCCCGCAAGACACUCCCCACACUCCUUAAUUUUGUUGAUUCAAAUUUCGUGUCAAGCCAGUGGCGCCCUCUCGACGCGCAACAACAUGGCCUCCAUGUCGCUCCAUGGCAUUCUCUGACUGUUUAGGCGCAAAAUUGGCGGUCUUAUUGACAGGAUCGCAGGAGGUUGUGAAGCUCGUGAGACUUCGGCUACGGUACGUCGGUUGUUGUCGUCACCUCUCGGCACUCAUAGCCUCCUAAUACGUGGAGCUCUCGUUUGAUAACUUGACGCAAUAAGAGCCAUAAAAGUGGGUGGGUGGCUAUGCCCCAUUUGUAAAUUACGUUUUCAAAAAUGAUCGUCGAUACACAAGCAGUUGUGCCAACCGAGGAUCGCAAAUUGGUGUUUUUCGAAUUUGGAUUUGUCGCCCUGUUACGAAAUAAACAACAAAUGAAAUAAAUAAAUAAUUUAAAACUUAAUAA